AUGCGUUUCCUGGUCGCCACGUUUCUGUUCCUGGCGCUCAAUGCCGCUUCCCUAGCAGAGCCCGUGAAUUGGAAGGACUGCGGGUCCGUGGUUGGUGUUGUAAAGGAAGUGAAUGUGAAUCCAUGCCCAACCCAGCCAUGCCAGUUACACAAAGGACAGUCUUACAGUGUCAAUGCCACCUUCACAAGCAAUACUUAUUCCCAAAAUAGCACAGCCUCGGUGUAUGGCAUUAUAUUAGGUGUUGACGUUCCCUUUCCUAUUCCUGAGUCUGAUGGUUGUAAGAGUGGCAUUGACUGCCCCAUCCAAAAAGACAAAACAUAUAGUUACCUGAAUAAACUACCAGUGAAAAGUGAAUAUCCUCAAAUAAAACUGGUGGUGAAGUGGCUACUUAAAGAUGACAAAGGAAAAUAUCUCUUCUGCUGGGAAAUCCCGUUAGAGAUCAUAUCCUAGAGAUUGUCCUCUGCUCAUUGGCUGGUGGUAGCCACAGAGCACAGAUGUUUGCUGUCUCAAAUGAAGAGUAAGGCCAUAAGAAGCAGGGGUAGAUCUGCUGCCCUCAUCUGA